AUGUUGGCCGUAGGAACAAAUGAUGUUGGUCUCCUGACUUUUGCCAUGCCUGUCCAUGAAUCACUCUCCCGUGGGAUUGCUACCGUAUUUGACAAGUACGUCAUUUUCUGGCAAAAGGGGUAUCAGAGCACAGACAACGUUGAGGGCUCGGCAACUUCAAAGCUAAAAGGGGUUGCCUACACAAACAUAUCCAAUUCUUCCGACCUCAGAACACCCUUCCCAGAAAGAUACACCAGAGUGUGGGACGUCUCAGACUACGUCAUACCUGCACAGCAAACAAACGGGUUUUUCGUCAUGACAAAUAUGGUUUUAUCACCCAUGCAAUCGAGAGGCGCCUGUCCGGAAGAUCCCGAGAUUGAUAGAGAUGCAUGCACGACUGAUGUUGAAUGCAAACCAGACGAGGGCAUUAUAACAGGCAAUGGUAUCAAAACGGGCAGAUGUGUAAAUGCAACACAUCCCAAAACAAAAGAAGCUACCACAGUCUGUGAAGUCAAAGCCUGGUGUCCAGUGGAAGUCGACAUAAGACCUUUAUGGACGUCAGCAAUUCUGGAAGAAGCGGAAAAUUUCACAGUUCUCAUCAAGAAUUCUAUUUCAUUUCCUAAAUUCGGAUUUGUCAAACGAAAUAUUUUGGAUACGACAGAUCCUAUGUAUCUAAGAUCGUGUAGAUACAGUCGACUCAAAGACCCACUCUGUCCUAUAUUCAGGCUAGGGACUAUUGUAGCAGAAACAGGACAAAGCUUUAGACAAAUGGCCAUUAAGGGCGGGGUAAUAACGAUCGACAUUCAAUGGAACUGCAAUUUAGAUCUGUCCUAUAAACUCUGUUUGCCCAAAUAUCGCUUCAUUCGGGCGGACGAGCAGGACGCGAAGAUCGCCGGAGGCUUUAAUUUCAGCUGGUUCGACACACCACUCAGAGUAGGAUUUGGGAAAUUCUACAGAAUCAACGACACGGAAUACCGAGACUUGACCAAGGCGUACGGCAUCCUCUUCCAAGUCAAGAUCACCGGCGUGGCUGGCAAGUUCGACAUCGUGCCGCUCAUGUUAAACUUCGCAUCGGGCGUUGCCCUCCUUUCAUUGGCUACUGUCAUGUGUGAUGUCGUUGUACUAUAUCUUCUUAAGAAGAGGAAAUACUACAAGGAAGCAAAAUUUCAGAACGUAGCAAGUAAUGAGAAUGGACCGCAGAAGACAUAUGAGGAGGUAGCUGCAUUGUGCGAACAAGCCCUUGUUACAUCCCUCCCCAUCACACAGCUUAACAACAACCACCAAACACCUCCAGGAAUGGGGGGUAGCAACCACUCCCUACGCGACGAGAUUACCCAUCCUACCACCAACGAAACCAAGAAACCCACCAGUUUGUGAUGACACGCCCAAGCAUCAAGCCUUCAAAACUAUUUUCUAUCAAACUAAAACAACAAAGUGACCAAAAUGACAUUAAACAUUUGAGAGAAAACUAGAGAUAACCAAAGGACUAUUGCCUGUCAUGUAUGUAUAUUUAUUGUUCCAUUCGUCUUCAGAAAGCGUUUCAUUACAUGGAUUUUGAGAAGAGAAGCGUGAUAAAAGCGAGAAGAUUAAACUGCAAAUGGUUGGAAUCAUCUCGCUGAUUUUACUGAUCGUAUGUUAAAUCAGGAUCCUAAAUGACAUUUGCCUAUCAAGCAGCGUAAUAAUGUUUUACCUUUAUUGAAUUAUUGUGUUGUAAGUGAGCUACCAUCGAAGAAAUUUUGCGACAGCCAUUUUGUUUGUGGCAUGAUUCGUUUGUCAACUCUAUCAAUUGUUCCUUGAGCGUGGUAAUCAAAAUAGCGAUCAAUGUGCAUUUAUCUGCUGCCGCGUCACCGAAGCCUUCAUUUUGAACCAGAACCUGAUUGAAAAUACCCUGCAAUAUUAUGUAGCUUGUAAA